AAGUUGGUUGAUGCUAAGAAAUAUCUAUGCGGGAAAUAUAUAUCCAAUACACUGCCAUCGUGCAGAGGAACUGCGAAAGGAGGUCGCAGUCUCCUAAUGUCGCUGCCUCCUCGUCUUGAGGGACCAUCAAUGACAUCUAGGGAUUUUUUUUUGCUUUUUUGGGGGGGGAGUUUGCAAUCUGAAACCGACUGGCUUUGUCUCUGUUAUUAGGGAAUGAACGACGAUAAAAGCCCGGGCAACUGCAAGAGAAACUCUGGGAGUUCCAGUAUUGAGCAAAUGCUGGCUGUGAAUCCCGGGAAGACGCCCAUCAGUCUGCUGCAGGAGUAUGGAACGCGGAUAGGCAAGACCCCGGUGUAUGACCUGCUGAAGGCCGAGGGCCAGGCCCACCAGCCCAACUUCACCUUCCGCGUCUCCGUGGGCGACAUAAGUUGCACCGGCCAAGGGCCCAGUAAGAAGGCUGCAAAGCACAAAGCCGCAGAGGCUUCUCUCAAGAUGCUCAAAGGAAGCAUAGGGGUUGUCGGAGGAGUCGAGGGAUUUGCUGGGGUCGAAAUGUCUAUAGAUGGGGAAUGUAUUCAAGCAGAGAUGAAGUCAACCAGCUCUACCCAGCAAGUCGAGUGCAAUCCAGUAGGAGCACUACAGGAGCUUGUAGUGCAGAAAGGCUGGCGUUUGCCUGAGUACACAGUGACACAGGAGUCUGGGCCUGCACAUCGUAAGGAGUUCACCAUGACCUGCCGCGUGGAGAGAUUCGUUGAAAUCGGCAGUGGUACCUCCAAGAAGCUUGCCAAGCGUAAUGCAGCAGCGAAGAUGCUCUCCAGGAUCCAUGACGUACCGGUGGAUCUGCGCAGCAGCCAUGAAGCCGAGACGGAGGAAGAUACCUUCACUAUGCACCGGUUGGAGGGUGGGAAGUGGAAGGGCUCCGGCUGCACCUGGGACUCUCUUCGCAACUCGGCGGGCGAGAAGAUCCUGCAGCUGCGCAGCCACCCGCUGGCCACUGUCAGCUCCACAGCCAACUUCUGCUCCCUGCUGCACGACCUGUCUGAGGAGCAGCGCUUCGACGUCAGCUACCUCGACCUGGAGGAGCGCAGUCUCAGUGGCCUGUGUCAGUGUCUGGUGGAACUCUCCACGCAGCCCAUAACCGUGUGCCACGGCUUCGCCCCCAGCCAGGAUGCCGCACGGGCUAAUGCUGCCCACAAUGCAUUGCAGUACCUCAAAAUCAUGGCAGGUGGAAAAUGACCCUGUUCAAGACCUCACUGUUAUUUUUUUUCCUACCCCCUCCUUUUGAAGGGGGUGUUUUAUCAGAAAUGGUUAAGGUGACCUUUUCCAAAUCCUGGCCAUGUCCUCAGUUCUGUGAAGUGAGCUUUGGGUGGGAUUCUGUCCCUCCCAGUGAUGUUACUCCAAAGUUUCCCCGAUAUAAGACGUGACUUGAGAGUAUGUAGAGCCCUCCCCUAUCGAUAACGAAAUGGAAUGAUUCCCCUCCAUCUAGAUGUAGCAUAUAGUGGCACCCAAGAGGGGAGUUUAAGGCUGAAAUAGUGUGGCAGUACAUUAUAUCAAUUUUAAAGUGAAGUUGUGCUAUUCCUAUUGGCCCAUGUACUGCAGUAACAAUUUUUUAUUGCUGUUGAUGGUCCCAUUUUAGUAUUAUUUAUCUUGUAAUUCCCCACUGGAUGCUAAUUUUAAUAAUUGAUGUUUGAAUGAUCUACUAUGUCUAUUGUUGCUAGCUUUUAGCUGUUAACAUUUUCCAAAAUUGUGCUCUUAAACAGCUGUGGCCUUUUUUUUACCAUGACAUGAAAUCAUUAACGAAUCUGAUCACUGGCACUUUAGAACUUUGAACUAUUCCACUUUGUCUCUAUAUAAGUGUAAUUAGGCAAAGUGCUACAGUGUUCGUAUUUUAGAAAGGUCUCUUCAGAGUUAACAGAGUUAAUUAAUUUAUCGGCAGACUGGCAGAAUCCUUUACCUUCAAAAACAGGUCCAGUUUAAAUAAUAGUGAGGCUUGAAAGCAAAUGCUAGAGAUUUGAAAUGACACCGACUUGAUGGCGAUCAUCCCAAGAAAUGACAUGAGCUUGAACUAUGUUUUUAUAACCACCUCAGGAAGUUACACAUAAUGUGCAUUUCCAGCUUCCAUCCUAUCACCAGACAUCAACUAUAUUAAAAGGUAUCUGCUAGGUAAUGAAUCUGUCCUAACUGGAAAUUAUCCCAGUUGAAUCCAUUGGAUUAAAAAGAUAAAGCUCCCAGUCCUCUUUCUGACUCUUGGAAAUAUUUUCCAACUUCUAAUUACUGUACCGUGUAUGUAAAUGGGCAAUACAUCAAGGUAAACGGGGAAAUUGAGAAAUCAACGCACACUCAAUUGUAUAAAUGUUGGUCAAGUUUUGUUGGAUUUUAUUUACAGUAAUACAGUAUUGCAGUCAAACAUCUGUCUGCUUUAUGACAUUUUUUUUUUUUUUUUUUUUAAUAAAAUCUUUUGAAUACAUCG